CCCGCCGCCGCCGCCAGCUGCGCCUCGACCCUGCCCGGAUCUGACCACCCGGAACAGGCAGACACGCCUCGCCGCGCUUCUCGCCAAUGGCUGACCAAUUCUUCCAGCGCAAACCCUGGGACCACGAGCAGCUUCGCCCGGACCCCGACUCUGACUCCGAAGGCCUGUUUGACAAGCCUCCUCCAGAAGAGCCCCCCGCUGUCCGCCGGCCCAAGUCGGCGGGGGCCGCGAGCAGGAAGGCCGGUCGGCGCACUGGUGGGAGGGCGCAGGGGGCCCGCCCUGGGCAGCCCCCCAAGGCCGCGGCGCGCCCCCAGCCCCAGGAGGAGGCGCCUCCACUGCACGAGGGCUGCUAUCUCGACCAUUUUCCGCAUCUCUCCAUCUUUAUCUACGCGGCCAUCGCCUUCUCCAUCACCUCCUGCAUCUUUACCUAUAUCCAUUUACAGCUAGCCUGAUUUGCUGGGGAUGGGCUCAGGGCUGAGGUGGGAGGGAAGGGAAAAGAAGGGCUCAGCAUUUUGUGUCUGGAGACGCGCCGCACCCCCUUCAUCUAGCUUUUGAUGCUUCUUUUCUUCUCUGCUUGUCACUACCUUUGUCUAACUAUCCAUCAGUAGGAACGUCCAAAGCAGCUACCGCUAAUGAAAUAAGCACCUGGGGAUUAGGGGCGGGAACAGACUCCAACGUUUAGAAUCUCGCGGUGCGAUUGAACCCCAUUUAUAAUGAGGAUAAUGUCCUUGGACCCUACCGCUUUGUGAGGUGGGGGCACGCAGAGGAAGCCUGUCAUUUUGUGUCUGGGGCGCGCACAGCGAGCCCAACCUCUGUUCUUUAAGGGGUGAGCCAGACCCGGGGCCGCCGCCUUCCAGAGACAGGGCCCCGCGGGGUGGGGGUCGGCGCCCUGGCCUGGGAUAAGCCGAAGCUCUGUGAUGCUGCAUCGCCCCCGGAGGAGCCAGUAGUGACCCCCGAGCUGGCGCAGUGCCCGGAGCGUGGGAACCGGCGGACCUGAGAGCGCAGGACACAGUGAGUUUGUCGGGGUAGCGCGCCACCUGCCCAGAGGCUUGAGCCCACCCAGACUGUGCGUUUCCCUGCCUUAGGGUUUGAUGCCGCUACCGAUGUCGGGCCGAGCCGAGACACAGCCGAAGGAGCUGUCCUGCCAGGAAGCCACAGUCUCGUCGUGUCCUGGACGGCUUGGGACCAACGGCUGUAGACCUCCAGAGACGCACGCCCAGAGCUUGCACGCUGCGCGGGAUGAGGCGCUGGGGUCUACAGGGGGCUGUCAUUGCUGUCUUUGGGGACCUGGGGGGGCUUCAUCCUGGCCCAGAGCCCUUCCAGAGCUAUGGGGCCCAAGAUGAAGGGGGUGAGGGAGUCUCUCAUUGAUAAGAAUUCGUGCUAGGAAACUACCCAACCCCUAGGGGUUUGUCGUCUCAUACCCAAAAGACCUAACACCAAAACGCACCUUGGCAGGCUAUUUACCCACCUGCCAUCUCUGUUUACACAUGAAUGUUAAAUGUCAGAACAUAACGCUCUAAUACUGCAUAUACUUUACUUGGAAAUAUCUGUAAUUAUGGUACCUCUGAUGGAAUAAAUGCUCCUUUUCCAGUCUCCUUUA